AAACUAAAUUAACAGUGAAAUUUUAAUUUACAUAUAUAUAAAUUCAUUUGUACGUGUUUUGUUACUUACCUUUACAAAAUAUGAUGUCCAAGGCGGUUCAUGACAUUGCUUUAAAUACGCUGUUAAAACUUCGGAGGCCCGCGGCUUUAGCAAGAUCUGCGUCUUUGCUUAUUCAAAACUUUGGUCUUCGCCCAUUUGCGACUCGAAAUGUGGAUGUCGAACAUUUUGAUUUAUUACCUAUUCAUAAUGAGCGAUUAUUGUCAUACACAGCCGAUUCGGAGGAGCGCAAGGAACUAGAAAAUGCGCUCAUCCAAAUUCUGAACACCGUAGAGAAAGUGCCAAUCAUGAUAAACGGCGAAGAGUUCUAUAAUAAAAAUGAGGUGUUUCAAAUAUUACCCUACAAUAUUAAGCAGCCUGUUGCCAGAUACACUCAAGCGCAUAGGAAUCAAAUCGAAAAAGCGAUUGAUGUUGCGGUCAAGGCCCAAGUUGAAUGGGACCACACCAAGUUAAGCAAACGCAUGGCUAUUUGGGAGCGUGCCGCUAAAUUAAUAGCUCAGAAGUAUCGUUUCAAAAUUGUGGCAGCCACUAUGCUGGGUCAGGGCAAGACCUUGCGACAGGCUGAGAUCGAUGUGGCUGAGCUUGUGGAUUUUUUACGCAUCAAUCCUGUAUUUCUGCGAGACCUGGCCAACUAUGAGCCAGUUAACGAUCGCCCAACUGCCUGUCGCAAUCACAUGAGAAUGCGUGGGCUCACUGGAUUUGUGGCCGCCAUCAGUCCCUUUAACUACACCAGCAUUGCGGGUAACUUGGCAUAUACACCCGCGCUCAUGGGCAACGCUGUGCUGUGGAAGCCUUCGGACUCGGCCAUACUAUCGAACUGGUAUGUGUUCAAGGCAUUACGCGAGGCUGGCGUGCCAGAUGGAGUUGUCAAUUUUGUACCUGCCCCGGAGAUGAUCUUCGCCUCGAUAUGCACACAACACCCCAAAUUGGCAGGCGUACACUUUACGGGAACUGCUGCUGUGUUAAAAAUACUUUGGCAACUGGUAGCGCAAAAGAUUAAUGUCUAUGAGAAUUACCCACGCCUGUUGGGAGACUGCGGUGGAAAAAACUUUCACUUUGUGCAUUCUUCCGCAGACCCAAGGGUUGCAGUUGCCUGCACCGUACGUGCCGCAUUUGAAUAUGCUGGUCAGAAGUGUUCCUCCUGCUCAAUGUUAUAUGUGCCCGAGUCGAUGUGGGAGGCACAGAUUAGGAAGCCCUUGAUGGAUGUCACACGCAAGCUGUUUGUUAGCGAGGCCACCUACUGUGACUGUUUCUACUCGGCUGUGAUCAACAAAAAGGCCUAUGACCGCAUUCAGGUGCAUUUGAAAUAUGUACACAAUAAUCCUCACUGCGAGGUGUUGUUGGGUGGCACGUGUUCCAAGAAACGUGGCUACUAUGUUGAUCCCACUAUUGUGCGCAUAACCAAUCUGGAUGAUCGUCUCUGCAAAGAGGAGCUACUUGCACCUAUAUUAUGCGUGUAUGUCUAUAAGGAUGAAAACGUGCAUGAGCUUAUGGAAAAAGUAUCGCAAAUUAAUCAUGGUCUCAGUGGUUCCGUUUUCGCUAAGGAUGAUAUAUUCAUUAAGCAGGCCUGCGAUGCGUUCAAAUUGAAUGUGGGCAAUCUUAAUAUAAACGACAAAUCCACGGGCUCUAUGGUGGGUCACCAACCAUUUGGUGCUGGCCACAUGACUGGAACCAAUGAAAAAAUGGGCAGUCCACACUAUUUGAUGCGUUGGACAUCUCCGCAAAUCAUUAAAGAAUCCUUUGAGCCACAUACGAACAUUUACUAUCCCUAUAUGGAAAUUAGCGAAAAAAUACCUAGGGUUAAAAACACGAAUUCGGAUAAAUAUAAAAUGUUGGAAAAAUUAAAUACAGACAACGUUGAUUAAAUAUUAUAUACUCUAAA